UAAACUUGGAGCAGAGACGAAAAACCUUGGCAAAUAAAUACAUUGCAAGGUUGACCUCAAUAACUAAUCAUCCUAUACUAGAGAUUUUGCAGAGAAUCCGGAGAAAAAUGAUUACAUUGCCAACUUACAUUAACUCUGAUAACGUUCCAUAUUUGAUAUUCGCCUUACAAAAAUUCAUUCCUUACCUAAACAGAAUAAGUAAAGAUACAAAUUAUGCAUGCUAUGGAAUUGAUUUUGAUAUCCUGAACAAUCCAAUUAAAAUCUUAGACUUAGGAAUGAACAAGAAUGACACUAUGUUAAAACAAUAUUUCCUAACUGCUACAGAAAAAUUUAAAAACUCCUAUACCUAUAUAUACACGGACGCCUCAAAAAAAGAUAAAAGAUUAGGCUAUGGGAUAUAUAUUCCGGAUAUAGACUAUAAAUUUUCAUCUAGACUCCCAGACUCAAUAAGUAUAUGUAAAGCAGAAUGCGUGGCUAUACACGAUGCUGUAAAGGUUGCUAUAAAUAAGCAUUUGAAGAAGGUAAUAAUCUUUUCAGACUCAAGAAGCGCGAUACAAAAAAUUAAUAAAUAUGGUCUAUCAACCUCAAGCGAUUUCUGGUCUAUCAAAACCAAGCAGUUAAUUUCUCUAGCUAAUAAGAACAAUUUUGACAUAAGAAUUGCUUGGAUUCCUGGACACUCGGGCAUUCCUGGUAAUGAGGUGGCGGAUUUAUUGGCAAGAAUAGGUAAAGACCUGAAUGUCCCUAAAGAUAUGAAAGUGGAUUCUAUGGAAAUUUUUAACCUGAUCAAGGAUGAUAUGAGUAAUCAGUUUAAAGUAUACUGGAAAACUUUAGUACAUAGUAAGAACUAUCAAUACUCUAAAAUACAAAAUACUUUCCCAAAAACCAAAUGGUUUUCAAAUGUACCUUUCAAAAAUCGAAAAUACAUAACCACAAUAAUCAGAUUACGGACGGGCCAUUGUCUGACUAAAGAGCAUUUAUAUAAGCUUAAGAUUAAAGAUAACCCAUAUUGUGAAUGUGGCUCUGUUGAAGACUUAAAUCAUCUCUUUCUGGAAUGUCCUAUAAAUUACAUUCCUUAUAUUGAUCUGUAUAAGGAAUUUGUUAAAAGGAAUUUCCCCACGCCCUUAACAAUGUAUACUGUUUUGUCUGAACCAAAUGAGGAGUCAAUUGAUCUAAUUAUGUCAUUUUUGAAUAUAAAUCGAAUUCGGUUAUAAUAGUUCUGCUCAACAAUUCGUGUUUUGUCUAUGUUUUCUUUUCCCGUAGAAUCCCAGAACCUGUGAUGUCUUAUGUUUGUCCAAUUUACCUAUAUUGUGUUUGUCCAUACUAAUAGACUUAAUCACUACAAAUGAAGGAAUACCACACAGCACUAUAAAGGAAGUCUGAAGUAAUUAAGUACAAGUCAGCGGUCCCGAUUUGGUCCAGAGCCAGUCAACAUCGAGGUCGCUCCAAAUUGUGCUGGCAAUUGCCUCGUUGCAGUGCCAUAAAACAAGCAAGCAAGCAAGC